AUGGUGUCCAAGUCGGACAUUCUGGCCGUGACCAUGAUGUUCGCCUACAUGAACCCCAAACAAUCGCCAGAGCAUCUGGACACGCCUCUCAAGCAGUUGAGAAAGGAGUACGACUACAUCAUCGUGGGCGGUGGUUCUGCGGGCUCUGUGUUGGCCAACCGUCUGUCACACGACCCCUCGAAUCGAGUCCUAUUGCUGGAGGCCGGUGGUGUCGAGGAUUCAGUGACGGACGUGCCCAUGAUGGCCUCUGUCAGCCACCAUACGGAUAUCGACUGGAGCUUCGUCAGCGAGCCGCAGGAGGGCUGCUCGUUCGCGCUCAGGGAUCAAAAACCUGUAUGGACCCAGGGCAAAGUUCUGGGUGGCAGCAGUGUGCUUAACUUUAUGAUCUACAACCGAGGUAACCGGCGCGACUACGACACCUGGGCUGCAGGCGGCGCCACGGGAUGGUCUUACGACGAGGUGCUGCCCUACUUCAAGAAAUCUGAAGACAACACGAAUGCCAGCUACGUGGCUAACGGCUUCCACGGCACGGGUGGUGAGCUGACGGUCAGUUCGGCCCAGUACCACUCGUAUGUUCUCGACGCGUUUCUGAAGGCGGGACAGGAGAUGGGCUACAAGAUUGUCGACUCCAACGCAGGCGAGCAGACAGGUUUCUGUCCGAACCAAUUCACGAUGCGCGGGAAGGAACGCUGGUCGACGUCCAAGGCGUUCGUGAUUCCCGUGGCCGGAGAAAGACCGAAUCUGCACAUCUCUCUCUUCUCCAUGGCUACAAGGGUUCUUUUCGAGGGAAAGCGCGCUGUGGGCGUCACAUUCCUGAAGGACGGUGCCGAGCAGACCGCGCUGGCCGCUCGAGAGGUCAUCCUGUCGGCUGGUGUGGCCAAUUCGCCCAAACUUCUCAUGCUCUCCGGCGUCGGACCCAAGGACCAUCUCAAGGAACUCAAGAUUCCCGUGCUUGCUGACCUGCCAGUGGGAAGCGAACUUCAGGAUCACGUGAUAGUCGGUGGUAUCGGUGUGCACCUGCGAGAUCCAUACAACCCAGGUGUGUCAGGAGUCAGGGCAGCGUUGGACUACUACCGCUACAACACAGGUGCUUGGACUCUACCGGCCGGAGCAGAGGCCAUAGCUUUCGUCAAGACGAAGUACGCAAAUGCCAGCGACGACUAUCCGGACGUGGAGAUCAUGCUCAUCGGCGUACCGCCUAGCUCGGCCUUCGUGGAGACCUACCUGACCGGACAGGGGCUCAAGCAGGAGGUGUACGACCAGUACUACAAGCCGUUCCGUGGUGAGCCAUCAUUCCAGAUGAUCCCGAUGGUGAUGCGGCCCAAGUCGCGGGGUUUCGUCAAGCUGCGGUCUGCCGACCCCUUGGACGAUCCUGUCAUUGACCCGCGCUACUACAGCCAUCCGGAUGACGUGGACGUCAUCGUGGAGGGGCUGAAAGUAUGCAAACAGAUCGCCGAUUCGGAGGCGUUCCGUGCUCACGGCGGCAAGUUCUGGACGGUCCCCUUCCCAGGCUGCGAACAGCACGUGCAGUUCAGCGACGAGUACUGGCGCUGCCUGGCCCUGUCUUUCGCAUCGACUGCAGCGCACCCGGCCGGCACUUGCCGCAUGGGCAGCGACCCCCUCGCCGUCGUCGACCCUCGACUCAGAGUGCGUGGAGGGGUGACCGGGCUUCGCGUAGUGGAUGCCUCCGUCAUACCGGACAUGCUGUCAGGCCACCUGAACGCGCCUGUCGUGAUGAUCGCAGAGAAAGCCGCCGACAUGAUACUGGAGGACGCCAGAAACACCAUUCAGUCAGGAAGCAGAGUGGUGGCGUCAAGUCUCCAGGAGGCCCCAGUCGGCGAAGGCAGGGUAUUCGCUUCGGCCGCAGCCUCGCCCACAGCGUCUCCUGUCUGGUUGUGGCUGUGCGCGAUGGUGAUGCUUGCAACCCUACAGCGCCCGCAUGCAUUGGCUCAUCGAUGAGACUUCAUUUAUCAG